UAUUGUUGGCUCCCUUUUGACUCACAGCUAUGGUGGCUGCCGCCGGUCUUUCCAGUUAGGGUUUUGCUGCGUUCUCUCUUCUCUCACUGAACCAUGGCCUCUCUCUCCGUCGCUGCCUCCAAUUUCACCACCUCCUUCAUCGGCAAAAAACUUAAUUUUCGUGGAAAUUCGAAGCUGCAAAACUUUAGCUCCUUCCGGCCAAUCCCUAGAUGUGCAGCUACAUCAUAUGGAGGUAAUACUCCAAAGUUCCCUCGGGUCAGUGUUUGGGAUCCCUAUAAGCGUCUUGGUGUGACUCAAGAUGCUUCUGAGGAGGAGAUUUGGGGAUCGCGCAACUUUCUAUUGCAACAGUAUGCUGGACAUGAGAGAAGUGAAGAGUCGAUUGAAGCUGCUUUUGAGAAAAUAUUGAUGACAAGCUUCCAGCAGAGGAAGAAAACUAAAAUUAACUUGAAGAGCAGGUUAAAGAAGAAAGUAGAAGAGUCUCCUCCUUGGGUUAAGAAUUUGCUCAACUUUGUGGAACUUCCGGCGACUGAAGUUAUAUUCAGACGAUUGUCCCUCUUUGCAUUCAUGUCUGGCUGGAGUAUUAUGAACUCAGGUGAAGGUGGACCGGCUUUUCAGGUAGCAGUGUCCUUGGCAGCUUGCAUAUAUUUCCUUAAUGAGAAGACGAAGAGCUUGGCUAGAGCUUCCAUCUAUGGACUUGGAGCACUUGUAACAGGAUGGGUGUGCGGUUCCAUUUUGGUCCCAAUUAUUCCGUCAGUGCUAUUAAACCCGAGUUGGACUCUUGAACUUCUAACAUCACUAGUAGUUUAUGUGUUCCUCUUCCUUGCUUGCACUUUUCUCAAGUAGAACUCAUUCGUCAGGACAAUUGUUAGAAUUUUCAUUCGGAAGGUUGCACUGAGCUAAGCUCCCUUAUUGCCCAAUGCCCAUUUACAUUGAGAUUUAUAUUUCGGGUCCUGAAAAAGUUGGGAGUUAGAAUUAGACAUUCCAUUGUGUAUCUCUGCAAAAAUUAUCCUCAUUAAACGGUUCACGUUAGAGUCAUUAUUUUU